UCAGCCUUCCUGUGUGACAUUACCAUUCAGGAGACUUGCUCUGUGAGCUGUUGUUUCCAGCUUCAUUACCUGAGGGACGGCAGACUCCUGCAGGACAUACAGGUCUGACAGCAUGGAUUUCUUGUUUGCGUUUCUUUUCUCUCCUCUGCCAACCCCGGCGCUGGUGUUCUUGUUUUCUCUGGGUGCAGCCGCCUUAUUUUAUGUCAACACCAGGCCGAAGCCCCUGAGGCCGCCUGUAGACCUGAACAGGCAGACCGUGGGUAUUGCGGGUGGAGCCAGAAAAGGUGGCUAUGUGAAAGAUGACAACUUGAUAUCCUAUUUACACGAGGAUGCUAAAACUCUGUAUGAGGUUUUCCAGAGGGGAUUACACAUCUCAGGAAAUGGACCAUGCUUGGGGUACAGAAAAGCUGGGAAGCCAUAUCAGUGGCUGAAAUACAAACAGGUUUCAGACAGGGCUGAGUAUCUGGGCUCUGGGCUGCUCCACAGAGGCCUGAAACCUUCACCAGAUACCUUCAUUGGCAUCUUUGCUCAGAACCGACCAGAGUGGAUUAUCUCUGAGCUGGCCUGCUAUACCUAUUCCAUGGUGGCUGUUCCACUGUACGACACACUGGGUCCCGAGGCUCUGGUAUUCAUCAUUAACAGAGCAAACAUAUCUACAGUACUUUGUGACAAGCAGAUCAAAGCAGAGACACUCCUCACUAACUGUGAGAAAAGCCUUACACCUGUACUCAAAACUGUCAUCAUCAUGGACCCGUUUGAUGCUGCUCUAGCAGAAAGAGCCUCCAAAUGUGGAGUAGAGGUCUUGAGUCUAAAGGAUGUGGAGGCUUUAGGGAAAGAUAAUCUUCGCAAACCAGUGCCACCAAAGCCAGAAGAUUUGAGCAUUGUGUGCUUUACCAGUGGAACUACUGGUGAUCCAAAAGGAGCCAUGUUAACUCAUGAAAAUGUAAUCGCAGACGCUGCCAGUUUUGUUAAAAGCUUUGAGAGUGCCUUCACACCACUACCCACCGAUGUGUCCAUCUCCUUUCUGCCACUGGCCCACAUGUUUGAGAGAGUUGUACAGACAGUGUUGUAUGGUGCGGGGGGAAGAGUGGGCUUUUUCCAGGGCGAUAUCAGACUGCUUCCUGAUGACAUGAAAACCUUGCAGCCCACGGUUUUCCCAGUGGUUCCACGUCUUCUCAAUCGUGUGUAUGAUCGGGUUCAGAGUGGGGCCCAGACUCCAUUCAAGAAGUGGCUGCUAAACUUCGCCAUUGAAAGGAAACAUGCGGAGGUGAAGCAGGGCAUCAUACGAAACGACAGCAUAUGGGACAAGUUCAUCUUCCACAAAGUGCAGGAGUCUCUGGGGGGGCGUGUACGGGUGAUGGUGACGGGUGCCGCUCCAAUCUCUCCCUCGGUGCUCAGCUUCCUCAGGGCAUGCCUCGGGUGCCAGAUAUUUGAGGCGUAUGGCCAAACGGAGUGCACAGCUGGUUGCACCAUCUCCCUGCCUGGUGACUGGACUGCUGGACAUGUUGGUGUGCCUGUUCCAUGUAAUGUGGUGAAACUAGUAGACGUUGAGGAGAUGAAUUAUUUUGCAUCCAACAAUGAAGGAGAGGUAUGUAUAAAAGGGAAGAAUGUCUUCAUUGGCUAUCUAAAUGACCCAGAGAGGACUGCAGAGGCACUUGACCAAGAUGGGUGGCUUCAUACGGGUGACAUCGGCAAAUGGCUCCCGAGUGGGGUUUUGAAGAUUAUCGACAGGAAGAAGAACAUCUUCAAACUGGCCCAGGGUGAAUACAUUGCUCCUGAAAAGAUUGAAAAUGUAUAUGUUCGGAGUGCUUUAGUUGCACAAGUGUUUGUUCAUGGGGACAGUUUGCAGUCCUGCUUAGUGGGCAUAGUGGUGCCAGACCCUGAAGUGCUGCCCGGCUUUGCUGAAAAGCUUGGAGUUACGGGAACAAUGGAGGAUCUAUGUAAAAACGAGAAAAUUAAAAAAGCCAUCAUCUCUGACCUCAUCAAGCUGGGACAUGAAGCAGGUCUCAAAUCAUUUGAACAAGUAAAGGACCUGUAUCUACACCCUGAACAGUUCACUGUAGAGAACGGCUUUCUGACUCCAACUCUGAAGGCUAAAAGAGCUGAGCUCAGCAAAUUUUUCAAAUACCAGAUUGACAGUCUCUACGCUAACAUGCAGUGAUGUGUCCAAGAAGACCACAGGACACUGGAUUGAGUUCCUGUGACCUACUGACCUCUGAAAAAAGGGGACUUACUUCAUUAACUGUGCAGAUCUUGAUCACAAGCUAUAGAUUUCAGUACUUGCCUCUGAUGACAGAAAUGGCAGUAUAUGCUUUGUACACAUAUACACCACCUGGGAAAGCUUGGCUGUGUCCUCCAGAGUUUUACUGAACAACUUGGACCUACAUAUAAUAUAGCUUUGCAUGUAUUUCAACAUAUUAUGCACUGAAAAGAGGUAUAUCAUUUUCUUUGUUGUUUUAUAUGAAAACAAGCAAAAAAAUAGACAAACAAGCAGUUUUUGUACAGAGCAGAAUUGUUUACUUCUCUUGUGAGGUUGACAUCAGUUUUACAAAAAUAAUACAAAAUAAAAUUAAGGUAUUUUUCUGUA